AAAGAAAUCUCUCAAGACUAGGAAUCCGUGAAAGCCUGGUUUUCAUCAAUCGGAGUAGAGGAAGGCUUCCUAAUCGUCUGAGCAGAACACGAUCUCACAGAAACGGAUUUACUCUUCUAAACAUAGACCAAAGUAAAACCACUUGGGCCAUCAAGACUAAAGAAAUACGGGUUUACCGAGAGCCGGCUCGACUCACGACUGUCUUCCAUAGACAUUGGAGGAUGUCUUUCAUGAAGAGGAGGGUUCCAACAUCCAUGAUGCAUGCACACACUCCGGGCCAGUUUAUCAACAAGUUUAUCUGGAUUUUCAAGGAGGGUCAAGUGUUUGCGGUCAAAAACUUUAUGGUGGAGGAAUAACAUUAGGGCAGUGAAAAACUUUAAUGAAGUGCACUUG